AUGCUUCCCGAUUUCCCUGACACAAAGAGUCAGAACCGGCUGUUUACCGCGGAGGAGAAAGCAGUAGCUGUCACUCGCAUGGCCAGAGAUGCUGUGUCUGAGAAGGAACAUGACCAGUCUGUGAUGCAUGGCUUAAGACUUGCCGUUACCGAUAUCAAAGUCUGGGCUUUUCCUCUUUUGCUCCUAUCUAACCAGUCUGCCUACGGUUUCAACUACUUUUACCCUGCCAUCGACCGAGGCUUCAAUCUGGGUAGUCGAACAAUCACUCUUAUCUGUACCGCACCACCAUAUCUUCUCGGCGCUUUCAUCUCAUAUUUCAUCGCUUGGCACAGUGACCGCAAAGCAGAGAGGGUGGCACAUAAGCGUUGCGAUCCUUUUCGCAAUUGUCGGUUUUAUCAUCAGUGCUGCGACAAUCAAUAUCCCCGUUCGUUAUGCUGCGUCCUUCCUGUACAUCUGCGGUUGCUUUGGAGCAAAUGCGGCUUUAUACAGCUGGGCUGCGUCUUCAGUUGGUCAGACACCGCGAAGAAGGCGUGUGCAACGGCUAUCAUCAAUGUCACCGGUCAGCUUGGAACCGUCUGGAGCCCUUACUUCUUCAACUCGAAUGAUGAGCCAAGGUAUACUAGGGCGAUGGUUCUUCUUUUGGCGUUUGCUGUAUUAGAAAUCUGUGUUUGCUUCUUGUUGAAGUUUAUUCUUCGAAGGGCGAAUAAGAAGAUUAUUGCUGAACAUGAAGGAACCGGAAGAGUCCCGACAUUGUUCACCCUUUAA